GAAUAAUCAGCAGGCUCUCUAAUGUGCAGCGGAGAAAGCGUGGCAAACGGAGCAGUCAUUCAUUGACCGGCCCCACCAAAGUUCCACAAGAGAGCUGGCCGCCGAUAGCUGGGGAACAAGGAGCUGUUCAGACGGGCUUCGUCUACGUCAAUCAGUAACGACAGAGAUCUCGGAAAGCUGGGCAGAAUGGCCGGCCUCGUGGGCGUUCCAGACGUGGACAUCAAUUUCAUCGAAGCAAAAGGAGGAGAGACCUUCAAGCUUGGUCCGAUAACCUGUCGCGUUCUGGAGGAUGGCUCCCACACGGAUAACAGAAUUGGUGUAGCAGAGCUGACCAUGCCACCCAAGACACCAGGUCCACCACCGCACUGGCACGAGAUGCACGACGAGACCUUCUACAUCACACAAGGAAGUGUCCGUUUCCACGUCCCCGAUACGUCCGAAGAAGGCAGCGACAAGAAAAUCAUCGACGCCAAAACGGGCGAUUACGUGGUCGUGCCGAUUCGAGCACCACAUACAUUCAGCAACCCCAACGACGACGAGGCAAAAAUCUUGUUUACCACAACGCCGAGCUUCUACAUUAAUUACUUUAAACUGUUGAGCAAGUUGGCGAAGCCGGAUCAGCCAGUUCCGGCGGAGGUGAAUAUGCAGGCUAUGGCCAUGUUCGCAACCAUCUUGGCUGAUAAGAAGCCGAGGAAGCCGCAUUGAGUAUGUACCUAGCGGAGAUAGUUUCCCGUGAGAAAUGAACUGGUAUUUUUUCCUCUGAGGUAUUUGAUUUUGGCGCUCAC